AUGUCGACAAACGUGGCACACUGGAAAAAGUUUAAUUUUGACGAAGAAUCCGUAGAGCCAGGCUGCCCUGCAGAAAAUGCACGGUUCAUCAAAGGCGGCGUUCCUGAUCAAGUGACAUGCGGAAGGCUUUGUUUUGGACAUGCUGCUUGUGAGUCCGUCCUCUUCCGACAAGAAGAUCAUCUUUGCAUUGGAUGUCAAUAUUUUAAUAGAUAUCUCCCUUCGAACGCACAGAUGGGAUUUGUACAUUAUUCUACCAGAAAAAUCGAGGUCGAUUGCUUGGAUAUACUGGAGCAAAAUGAAACUGCAGAAAGUGGUGUUUAUGAGGUCAUUUUUCGAGAGUUGGAAACAGUACAUGUGUUCUGCGACAUGACAACUGAAGGUGGAGGAUGGACGGUGUUUCAAAACAGAUUUAAUGGUAGUGUCAACUUUACGAAAACUUUUUUUGACUACGAAAACGGAUUUGGUGACCUAAAUGGCGAAUUCUGGCUUGAAAUUGAGAUCGAUUGCUUGGAUAUACUGGAGCAAAUUGAAACUGCAGAAAGUGGUGUUUAUGAGGUCAUUUUUCGAGAGUUGGAAACAGUACAUGUGUUCUGCGACAUGACAACUGAAGGUGGAGGAUGGACGGUGUUUCAAAACAGAUUUAAUGGUAGUGUCAACUUUACGAAAACUUUUUUUGACUACGAAAACGGAUUUGGUGACCUAAAUGGCGAAUUCUGGCUUGGACUUAAAUUUGUCCAGGAACUUACUAAAAAGCCAAGUUUCUUGAGAAUGGAAAUUUUACUGGAUAACUGGCAUAGGAUGUCCGCUUUGAUUAGUCACUUUAAACUCGUUGGCUCACAGUACACCCUAAUGGAACCAAAUUUACCAGGAUCUUUCAUAGACGAAUCUGUCGGAGCUAACUUCACUACGAUUGACAGGGAUUCAGCGAUACCUUGCGUCAGUGAGUACGGUGGGGGCUGGUGGUAUCCGGACAUAGACUGUGAUCUAUAUCUCAACAUGAAUGGCAUGUACGGAAAAACGGCUGGAAAAAAUGGAGAAAUAUUGACAAAGUCCAUCAUGAUGUUUAAGAGAAUGUAA